AUGCAUCUGUCCUCCAUUCGUCCGAUUCUUGCCAAGCGGCCUCUCACAUGCCCAAAACCCGGGUUAUGCUUGAGAUUCUCAACAUCACGUCGCUUGGCGGGCCGGAAUCAAGUCUACGCUGCAGUCCGCAACCUUGAUCAAUUCCACACCUACCAACUCCUCUCCUCCUCCGCACGAACACCACUCCUGACUCUAUGGACAACAUCCUGGUGCUCAACAUGCCGCGUCGUGGCGCCCCUGGUGCAGGAGCUGGUCGAGUCCGGGGUUGGCGAGGCCGAGGGCGGCGUGGCGUAUUGCGCCGUUGAGUACGACUCGCCCGACGUCAUGUCGGCCGGCCUCGGGCUCACCUACAUGAUCAACUCGGUCCCGACGCUGCUCAGCUUCGAUGCCGGCGAGGCCCAGGUCCAGACCAAGGUCACCGACGGCAGGCGGCUGGCUGAUCCCAAGUUCCUUGAGGAGUGGAUCAGGACCGAGGCCCGCCGGCAUGGGAACCGCGGCGGCGGGGGUGGGGGGCCCGGGCCGAAUCUUCUUGGAGCCAUCUUCGGCAGGUCGAGAUGA